CUAAGCCUUCACUCUGCCUGUUAACUGCUUAUCACCCACAGAUUCAUUUUGCUAUUGGAGAACAUUUUAAGAAUCCCCCAAUGAGAGCUGAUCUAUUGUGUUUUGCUCUGUUACAGCUUUAUGUUCCUUCCUGGUAACGUUAUGUUAUUCAUUCGCUAUGUCACAGGAUGGAGAAAAUGUGCUCUCUCGCCCUUAUACUUCUGAGCUUGUCUGGAGCGUAUUCAGACAGUCACUCUCUGCGCUAUUAUUCCAUCGGGGUCUCAGCUCCAGGAUCGGGACUUCCUGAGUUCUCCAUAGUUGGAUAUGUGGAUGAUCAGCAGAUUGAACUAUAUAGUGGUGAUAUUGGCAGAAGUGUUCCUGUGGCUCCAUGGAUGAGCAGGAAUGUUGGUCUUGAACACUGGGAGAGAAGGACACGGAUUAGUAAAGAAUAUGAGGCUUUAUUCAAACAUGAAGUGAAGGCAGCUGUGAAAAGAUUCAACCACACUGGAGGAUUCCAUUUCGUGCAGGUGAUGCACAACUGUGAGAUGAGAGAUGAUGGAAGCACCAUAGGGCAUCAGGAGUAUAGAUAUGACGGGGAAGAGUACAUGUACUUGGAUAUAAAAACAGCACUAUUUAACCCCACCAUGGCUGAAGCUCAGAUCAUCACACAGAGAUGGAACAGUCCGGAUAUAAGAAAGGGGGAGAGGGAAAAGAAUUUUCUGGAAAGUAAAUGCAUCGAAAGGUUGAAAAAAUACCUAGAGUUUGGAAGAGAAGAUCUGGAGCGGAGAGUUCAGCCAGGGGUGAAGGUCCAAGGUCAAGAAUCUAUUAAAGUCACAAAGCUUCACUGUCACGUGUACGGAUUUCACCCCAGAGCUGUGGACGUGAAGUGGAUGAAGAACGAGGUGGACGACAUUCCCUCAUAUGAGACCACACAUGUCCUUCCCAAUCCUGACGGCACCUAUCAGAUCAGGGUCAGUGUGGAGGUGAUCCCUAAAGAGGGCGAGAGUUACUCCUGUUAUGUGGAUCACAGCAGCCUGAAGGAACCACUCCUUGUGAAAUGGGAACCAAAACAGAACAUCUUUCGGACUAUAGUCAUCUGUGCGGUCAUCAGUGCGGUCAUUAUUGUGGUCAUCGUCAUUACUGGAUUCUUUAUAUACAAAAAUCGGAACAAUUACAGAGCGGCCAGCACUUCGGACACAUACGCUGACACCAGUAAAAAAGUUGCUGAGAAAUCAUGACUCAAUGUUGGGAUGUAGGCGAAGAAAGAAAGAAAAUUAAAGUAUAUGGCCUGAAGGUUGGAUGAUAUCGCAGCCUAGUGUACAAGGAUCAUUGCUGGACCUCUCCAUUCCCACACUGACUGUGACCAUAAUAUCAACUCAAAACAAUGUCUUCUAGCGGGUUGGGAUUUAACAAUCUGCCCUUUACUUCUAUUCCAGUCUCCAUGAAGCUAUUUUUAACCCCUAAAGAUCAUUAAUUUAGUUAAUUAUUGCAAUAUACUAUGCCUAUGUCACUCCAUACCUUGAAAGAAAUCCAGCUUCAAUUUGUCCCCUCUGGUGGUGCUUAAAGUCCAAAACCAUGUUAUAUUUUAAAGGAGGUUACCAGGAGUACAUAUCCUCAAGAUAGGUCAUAAACAUCAGAUUAGUGGGGGUCCAACUCCAGCUUUUCUGGUGAGCGAUGCGGACCCAUUUUGCGGACGUGUGAAUGGACCCUAACUCUAUGUCCAUGCAGGAGAUUUGAAACUCCGAUCACGAUAAUGAUAUAUUAAGAAAUUAACCAGCACAGAAACUAGUACCCAAAAUAUUUUUCAAGGGUAGAAAUGUAUUUUAAAGGUCAAAAAUAUUUUUUUGUUUUUGCCUCUCAGCAUUCUGGAGGUCAAAACAUUUUUGUUUUUAUCCUAAUGUACCAGUAUGAGGUCUUACUUAUGUGUCUACUGUUUUUUGAUUAGUGACUGUUACAUAUUAAAAUGUAUUAAAUGCA